AUGAAGAAAUGGGUCAGGAGAAUGAGAAUGGUCUUCCUUGAAACAAUUUUAGAAGGACACUGCAAGACCGAUUGUCGACUGAAGCAGUGCACAGGAGUUUGGAGCCGACUGGAGGCGGCGAGUAUCGAGACAAGUGUUGAGCCCGGCAAAAGGGAUAUCUCGGAGGCAAGAAAGGCCGUGGGAAUAUCAUUCGUGGAGCAUCACUUGACAAUCGAACAGUUGAAAGAUCUCUAUCCAGAUUCAUAUAUUCAUCACGAAUUUCCCGAACGCAGUGAUGGCUUACACAGUGAAGAAGCCAGAAAGCGUCUUCGAGAUGGACGGGUUGGGAAAGUACUGCUCCCCGAGGGCAGACAUCUCUUUCGAGUUUUCAUCAGGCAAUUUCAUUUCAAAUUCUGGCUAUUAUUAACGGCCGACAGAUAUUUUGCGCAUUAUGCGCAAGGCUUCAACGAGCCGCUCAAUCUUUAUUGUGCCUUCAUUUUGUUGCUUGUUGUUCUCGUCAUGAGCCUUCUCUCACUAUGGCAGGAGAGUAAAGCUCGAAAAGUAUUAAAAAGCUUCACCAAACUUCUGCCAUCGAAGGCGAUUGUGAUCAGAGAUUGUGAGGAGAAGGAAAUCAACACCGAGGACAUCGUCGUUGGCGAUUUGGUGAUCAUUAGGUCCGUUGAAAAUUUUAUAUCUCGCUGUAUAUUUUUAAAAUGUAAU